AUUCCUCUUCCUUGUUUUCUCAUCACUCUGUGACUAAUUAAAUCAGAUCUAAAUAAUAAAUUGAACUGACUAAUCAAAUUAUUUAACAUUCGCUUUGAAAAUUUAACAUCCCUGUGUGUCCCAUUAACGGAAAAAAGAAAACAAAAAUCGCCUCCAACGAACUCACUCUCAGGACUUUCUUGAUAACAAACUCACUCUCUCUCUCUCUCUCUCUCUAAGCUCGCUUACGUAAGUGCUUAGUGAAUAGAUCGGGAGCCUUAUAAAUUGUGGCAGUUUUAUCUGUUUGCGUUUUCAACAGCAAUACCAAUCAAUUGAUAAGCAGGUGUAUAGCUGGGAUGAGAAUUGCUUUCAGUUCUGCAGGUGACAAGGACUGUGAAAUUAAAAUAUGAGGUACAAUUCGUGGAUUAGUUGAUAAUUGUAAAGGGAGCAGUAAUGCAGUCGGAGGAAGUUUUGAAGAGGACUGCAACAGUGUCUUCAACAACUAAAAACUCUAUGCAAGGGACUAAUAAUAAUAGGGCUCCUACUCCAAGCUCUGAUUCUUUAAACAGGUUAAAAGGUGAUGGCAAUUUCAAUUAUUUUGAAGACAGAGAGGCAAUGGAGCUUUAUUCAAGAGCGAGAACACAGAAAGAGGAGAUCCAGAUUCUCCGUCAACAAAUUGCAGCUGCCUGUAUGAGGGAGCUGCGACUGCUGAAUGAAAAAUAUAUUUUGGAAAGGAAGUUUUCUGAUCUGAGAAUGGCAAUUGACGAGAAGCAAAAUGAAGCCAUUACAUCUGCCUUGAAUGAAUUGGUUAGCAGAAAAGGCAAUCUUGAGGAUAAUUUAAAAUUGACUCAUGAAUUGAAGGUUGUAGAUGACGAGAGAUAUAUUUUCAUGUCAUCUAUGCUUGGCUUACUGGCUGAAUAUGGAGUUUGGCCCCAUGUGAUGAAUGCUUCUACCAUAUCCAACAAUGUGAAGGGCCUAUAUGAUCAACUAGAGUGGAAGAUCAGAACUUCACAUGAUAGAAUUAGAGAGAUAGAGGUGGCUGUUCACCCUGAGAGUGAAUCUCAAGAUAAAGAUAACCCUGGUCCUGGCUUCUUGAUGCAUCAAGUUCCUCAUCAAUCCAAGAUUCAAGAUAGCAACAACAAUUUCCCAGAGUUCCCAUUUGAUCCUGUUAGGGAAAGAUUAUUUGACAAAGGUAUCGGAGAAGUUGGAAGAGGAGAGAUGACCAUGGACUUGCCCCAUCCUUCCAGCUCACAUGAUGAAAUUGCUUCUUCUGUUUCUGAAGAGGGCCCUGGCAUAGAGGGUUUUCAGAUUAUUGGUGAUGCUGUACCUGGAGGAAAACUCCUUGGAUGUGGAUAUCCUGUGCGUGGAACAUCUCUCUGCAUGUUUCAGUGGGUUCGUCAUCUUGAGGAUGGCACUAGGCAGUACAUUGAAGGUGCCACAAAUCCAGAAUAUGUUGUGACUGCUGAUGAUGUUGAUAAGCUCAUUGCUGUUGAGUGCAUACCGAUGGAUGACCAAGGCCGCCAGGGAGAACUGGUGAAACGUUUUGCAAAUGAUCAGAACAAAAUAAAAUGUGACCCAGACAUGCAGCACGCAAUUGACAUGUAUAUUUCUAAAGGUGAAGCCACAUUCAGCAUUCAGUUGCUGACGGACGCUUCUGACAAAUGGAAGUCAUCAACUCUUAUCUUGCGACGAUCAGGCUACCAAAUUAAGACAAUAAGCGAUGACAUUGAGCUGAUUGCAGAAAAAUAUUCGAAGAACUUAUCAAUCAAAAUUCCUUCUGGACUCUCAACACAAUUCGUGUUAGCUUGUUCUAGUGGAUCUUCUCAUCCUCUCAAUACAUACAACGUUAGAGUGCGUGAUACUCUUGUUUUGACGAUGAGAUUGUUCCAGAACAAGGCGUUGGAUGAUAAGAGGAAGGGUAGGGCGUAAAAGAACCGCAGGCCUCUCGAACACGUACGUUUAUUAUAUGGAGUGUUUCAGUUAAGAUUCAUGUCAUGUCGAAGACGAGAAGACAAUAAAUUUGAGUAAGUCUAAUUCAUUUGAUGUUGUUCAUCUGUAUCAUAAAUUUUGUUGUUCCUGUCCAUGUAGAUAAAGGAUCACACACUUAUACCUAGCAUUUUAGGUAGCAAAAUAAGAAAAAUUCCACAAGUGUAUUUUGUUCAAUUUUGUCCCAAAUUUCACCAUUGUCACAAUUCUAUGUAACUUGAGACACUUGUUCCUUCGAAUUAAGUCAGUGUGUUCUUUGAAGGAAUUACGAAAUAUGUGUUUGCCUGUUUUA